AGUUUGUAAGCCAGUGCGGUAGAGAGAGGCGCUCCCACAGCACCAGUCCGCCGUGCUGCGCCUCGCCGUGCCUCGCCGUGCCUGCCGCAGUGCAUGGUGGCGGCGCCUGGGGGGCCAUGGAGCGCCUGGGCAAGCCGCGGAGCCGGUCGCUGGACACGGCGACGCUGCAGGAGUCUGGCAUCGGGCUGCUGCGGCUGAGGCUGGGGCGGCGGUGUGGUGAGCGGCAGGACAGAGACGCCAAGGUGUCCCGCGCCACCCUGCUGCCGCCCCCCAACACUGCCAGGGACGUGUCCCCUGCACGCAGGUCCUCGCCGCGCGCCGUGCCCCGCGUGCCGGCGGCGGCCCACCUGCCCGUCGUGCCCUCGCCGCCCCCUGCCAUGUGCUCGGGCUGCCACGACCGCCUGUGGGUGAACGAGGCCAUGCUGGUGUCGGAGAUGGCCCGCGCCAACCCACGCCGCUACAGCCUAUCUCCCGACUCCCACCACGCAGCCCACCUGCCCUGCCACCGCCGCCCCUCCGCGCCGCCCACGCCCUUCAUGGUGGACGGCAUGGUGCAGCACUUCUACUCCUCAGAGGAGUGGCGGGCGGCGCUGGAGGGCGCCCCGCCCGUGGGAGAGCCCGGCCCGCAGCCCAGCAGGGAGGCGCCCACGCCCCUGCUGCCGUCCGCCUCGCCUGACCACCGCAGGUCCUUCUCCACCAGUGAGGCCAGGCCCAUCCCGGUGCCCGGCCUCCCCCGCGGCCUGCCCCCGCUCUCCCCCACCUCCUCCCCCGGGAAAUAUGACAAAGGUCAAAUGCGCCGCCACUCCAGCGAGAGUGACAGGCGGCGACAUGGCAGCGGGUCCUUGCAGCCUCCGUAUAUGCGAGGUGAAAUGGAUCCGAACCAGGCUGCUAUGCUCUUCAGAGACUCGCGCGGGCUGCCGUACGCUGACCCCUUCCUGGAGAACAUCAGCAGGAGUGACCUAGAGGAGGACGAGACACAGAUCUUCGUUAAAUUCUUCAAGUUUCACCAAACAUACGACCUCAUUCCCAUUAGUGCUAAGCUGGUCGUGUUCGAUACUCGUCUGCAGGUCAAGAAGGCCUUCUUCGCGCUGGUGUACAAUGGCGUCAGGGCAGCACCUCUCUGGGACUCCGCCCGCCAGCAGUUUGUGGGCAUGCUCACCAUCACAGACUUCAUCCGCAUCCUUCAGAUUCUCUACAACUCCCCUAACCGCAAGAUGGAGGAGCUGGAAGAUCAUCGACUUGAAACCUGGAGGACUGUGUUGAAGGACGAGGCGCGGCCGUUGAUCAGCAUCCGGCCCGAUGAGUCUCUGUACGUGGCCAUCCGCUCCCUCAUCCACCACAAGAUCCAUCGUCUGCCUGUCAUCGACCCGGCCACUGGCAACGUGCUCUACAUUGUCACCCAUAAGCGGAUUCUCAAGUUUCUCUAUCUCUAUAUCAAUGAGCUGCCCAAACCUUCUAUACUCCACAAACCCCUGAAGGAGAUGGACAUUGGUACCUACAACAACAUUGAGACAGCGCGGGAGGACACGUUAAUUAUCCAGGCCCUCAAUAAGUUCGUGGAGCGCCGGAUUUCAGCGCUGCCCAUCGUGGACGCAGACGGCAAGCUGGUGGACAUCUAUGCAAAGUUUGAUGUCAUUAACCUGGCUGCCGAGGGGACAUACAGCAACCUGGACGUCACCCUGCGCAAGGCCAACGAGUACCGCAACGAGUGGUUCGAGCAGGUCCACCGGUGCACGCUGCAGGAGACCCUGGGCACCAUCAUGGAGAGGAUCGUGAGGGCCGAGGUGCACAGGCUGGUGGUGGUGGACGAGAAGGACAGAGUUGUGGGCAUCAUCUCCCUCUCUGAUAUCCUGAAGGAGCUGGUUCUCAAGCCCUGCAUGGACAUGGAGCCAGGCAGCCUGCGGGAGGCCACAGCAGCAGCCACAGUGCAGCAGAUGACGGAGACGCUGGCCAAGUCGCCGUCCAACCUGUCCUCCUCCACGGAUGAGCCGGCGCCACAGGCCGACCUGAAUGGCGUGGGCAGCAGCGAGGACAGCCUGGGGGGGAAGUGGAGCAGCGACGACAGACUGAGCCAGCCCACCGCCUCCGCCGCCACGCUGUCCACCGCCUCCACCCGCCUCCGCCAAGACUGCCUCCAAGAAAUCGCUGGAGGACGACGGGGCGUUCCUCAUGGAGGAAGGCGGCGAUCCGCCCGUCAGACAGCCCGAGGUCAUACCAAUCACCGGGUGAGGCCACGCAGGUCAUACCGCACUCGUGACCUUUGGGACGUUACCUGUGCCACCACCACCGCCGCCGCCCGCCACACCACUGCUGCCACACAGAUCAUCGGAACCCUGCCUCACUUGACUCUGGCGCCGCAACCUGCACCGUGUGAACCAAGGGGCGCUGGAGGAAGCCACCAGGCCCACACACGGCUGCCCCUUGAUGUAUUGUGUCUACACCUAGCCACCACACCUCCAGUAGUCUGCUGAGAGAAGACAGAGCUAUACAUCACAACCUGCAAACCAAAGGGAAGCCGCAGAAAGCCAGCAGGCAUACACGCGGCUGUCCCUUCAAGACGUACUGCUCCCAGACACCCGUCACACCUCCUGUGGCCAUUCAUGGUUUGCUAGGAAGAGACAAGUGAACAAGUUAGUGAGAUACAGCACCACAACCCACCAACCAAAGGGAAAGCAAUAGAAAGACAGCAGGCCUACAUGUGGCUGUCUCCUUGCAAUAUACUUUGUCUCCCAGACCACAGCUCCAGUAGUUCACUAAGAGACAACUGACACAAGUCCCUUUCACUUAUCAAGAAAGAAAGAUUUGGAGGAUUGGGGGAGCUGGAAAACUGUGUCACACCUCCAAUAUAAGUCAGUUUGCUAGAAAACAAGAAACAAAGCUGGAAGGAUUUGGAGGCUGGAGGAACUGAAAAACUAUCACUCAGACCUCCAAGAGUCUUUCUAGUUUGUUAGGAAGAAAAGUACAAAGAUGGAGAGAUUUGGAGAACUGGAAAGAAAAUAUAAAACUUGAACGAUUUUUAAGCCUGGAAAAACUAGAAAACUAUCACUCAAACUGGACCAGACACAAAGCUGAAGGAACUGCAAAACUCUUGGUCAAACCAGUAAUUCCUCCAGUUUGCUGGGAAGACAAGACACAAAGCUGAAGAAACUGAAAAACUACCUUUCAAACCUCCAACAAGAAGAAUAAGAAGAAAAAGCUGCAAAAUUUAUAAGACUAGAAAUGAAAAUACCAUCAGGUCAUCGUAACCUUGAAGACACAACCCAUAACUCACUCAAAACCAGCAAACCCACUACAUACCCACCUACCCAAGAAGAAGAAAACAGUCAGCUGAAAGAUAACUUAAACACUGAAUUGUAAGCCUGUAGGAAGAACAGAAACGAGAGAGAGAGUGAAGGGAGGUUUAAUGUGGCAGCCUGAACAACGAACAGAGGUGAAUGGCAGAUGUGUGAACAAGGACAGUGAGACAAGUAAAGUGAUAUAGUAUAGAUAACAUUGUGUGUGUGUGUGUGUGUGUGUGUGUGUGUGUGUGUGUGUGUGUGUGUGUGUGUGUGUGUGCAUGUGUGUGCCAUAGACCAGAGUUAAGGAAGGUGAGAGGGGACAGAAAAGAUAGAAAAAUAUAUUGGAUGGUGAAAAUAAGGAGAGAAUGCAGUAAAUGAUGGAAUUGAUUAGAGAAUGGGGGGGAAUACUUGAUUGGAAGAAGGAAAUAGGGAAAUAUUACAAGAGUGAGAAGAGAGAAUUGCAAUAAUAGCUAAAAUUGGUAGAAAAGAAAAAUAAGAAAAUGCAGGAAAAAAAGUGAAGCUGAAGGGAUAGAAAUAGAAAACAAACACACACAAAAAAUGAAAACAAGACAGAAAGAAGGAAAAGAAGGAAAAAACAAUGAAAAGAGAACAGAAAGAAAAGAAAAAGCUAGAAAAAAGAGCUGAAAGUAAGUAUAGAGUAUGAAAAUGACAAAAAAAAAAAGAAGAACAGAAAUAGUGUUUAUAGGCACACCACUUGCCUCUGUAAUGCCAAUAUGCUCACACAAUGCUCCACUAUACUCAAAACAAAACUACAUAAAAAAAAUAUGAUAAACUUGAAAAUAUAAGUAAUAACAUUAAUCCUACUACUGCUACUACUACUACUGUUGCUACUACUACUACUACUACUACUACUACUACUAAUACUAAUACUACUGUUUGUGUUUGGUUUGCUUCAAGGGGAAAAAAACAAAAAUUUAAAGCAAAGGAUUGAGAGAAGGUGAGAGAAGCUAUGAUGAAGUGAGGGCCAGUGAGAGAAGGUGAGGGAAAUUAUGAAGAUAGUGAAUGAUAAUGAGGAUGGGAGAAAUAAGCAUGGAACUUCAAACACAGAAAGGUGAGGAAAGUUACAAUGAAGAUGAUAGCAAUAAUGAAGGCUAGAGAUAUUUUGAUGAAGAUAAUGAAAGAUAAUAAUGACAAACAGAGAGGCAAGAGGAGAAAUAAGCAGGUAAAGAUUCAAAGCAACAAAGAAGAUAAAGAGAUAUUAACAUGAAGAUAGUGAAGAAUAAUGAUGAUAAAACAGAGAGGAGAGAGAAGAAACAAGCAGGUAAACACACAGGCCAGGAAACGCAAACAAACCAAACACUUCUCUGACAAAACACAAAAAGCAGAAAUAGUUAACAUGACAAGUGUCACCCCUCUAAGCAGGAUAGUAUGGACACCGUAGACAGUAGCCAAUAGUCAGGUAGUUAGGCAGCAAUUCCUACUAGCAGUGCACUAAUUUUGACUAGCAGCAGUGGUGAUAGUAAAGUUGUGACAAAGAAAAUGGGAGAGAAGUGUGAAAUUGUCAAAGUUGAUAGAAAAACAGAAAAUAAAGGGAAAUGAGUGAAAGGAAGUGUGAUAAAGAAAAAAAAUAUGUUGAAGUAGUAGAGGAGGAAAGUAAAUAAAGGAGAAACCAAGAAAAUGUGAAAGUAAAAGACAAGAAAAUAUAGCAAAGAGAAUAAGGAAACAAAAUGAAAGGAGAAAAAGCAGAAAAACAAAAUAUAUCAGUAGAAAAGCAGAAAAGAAAAAACGAAAGGGAAAACAAAAAAAAUGAAUGAAAGUAGGAAACAAAAAGAAAACAACAAAAAAGCACUAAUAAAACAAUACCAGAAAAAAAAGACGAGAAAAAAAACAGACGAAAAUAGUAAUAAUAAUAAUAAUAAUAAUAGUAAUAAUAAUAAUAAUCCAGCUUUGAUCGUCUUGCCUCAGUGACACUCCAGGCUUGUUUUUGUGUUGUUCACCUCCAUUUCUUGUUCACACUUUUUUUUUUUUUUUUUUUUUUUUUUUUUUUUUUUUUUUUUUUUUUUUUUCUCGUCUCAUUCACUAAGCUCGGCAUUGUGGCAGGCGAGGUUAGGUUAGGUUAAUCAAUAAGCUUGUAGUGAAACUGUAGAAUUCCUGUAGAGAGAGUGAGAGAGUGAGAAAGAGAGAGAAUCACAUAAACUAAUUUUUUCAUGAGUGAGUGAAUGAGUGAGAAAAAAAUGUAUAAAAAAAGAAUGAUUGGAUGGAUAAAAUUCAUGCAUUCAUACAUCUAUAAAUAAAUAUAUAUAUAUACAUAUAUAUAUAAUAUACAUACAUACAUACAUAUAUAUAUAUAUAUACACAUACAUACAUCAUACAUACAUAAAUACAUACAUGGUGAAAUGUGUACAUGUGUGUGUAUAUCAGGGAUUGACUUUGUUGUUUGUGUCGUGUAUGUAUAGCAACACACACACACACACACACACACUUAUACAAACACACAAACACAGAUACAUGAGUGGUUUCAUACAUAACAAGUAGGAAAAUGUAUAUAUAUCAAAUACGCACACACAAACAAACACACAAACACACUAAAACAAAGGGAGACAACAAGCUAAACUCAGUCUUGUAAAAAUAGAUAUAGAAAAACACACACACACACACACACACACACACACACACACACACAGCUCCCACUUAGUGCAAUGAAAGCAAGCUACAAUUCGAACAUAACUUAUAUAUAUAUAAAGCCUUUACCAUUGUAUCGAAGCCUUAUUUUCAUUUAUAUCAUCCCGGAGAGAGAGAGAAAGGGAGAGAGAGGAUGGAUUAAAGGGAGUACUUAAAAUAUGCAAUGUUUCUUGAUAUUAAGAAGUGUGUGAAGGAGAGGAGAGAGAAGAUAGGAGGAAGACUGGAGAGGAAGAGAGAGAUAGCAAGUAGAUGGAGAAGAGGAAAGAAUGGAAGAAAAAAUAGAAAGGAAGAAUAGAAGACCUGGAGAAGGAGAGGAAAUGGAAAAAUAAAAGAAAGAAACAAGAAAAAAUAAGAGUGAAGUAGAGAAGAUACAACAAAGAAGAAGAAAAGAUCGAACACAAAGAAGAAGAGGAAACAAAAGAAAGAAAAGAAUACAGAACACAACGAAGAACGAAAAGAAAGAAAAGUACAGAAGAUAAAACCUCAUGACAAGAGAGAGAGAGAGAGAGAGAGAGGAGGAGGGAAGCUACAAGGAAUGCCAGCUUGUUUUCAUCUCAUAUAAACGAAAAAUAUAAAAAAUACACAAAAAAAAACAUGUAUUCCGUGCCUCACCGCUACUUCUAAGACAUCCAUUGUUCAGCUUGUAUAUAAGUAAGGAAGUUUAAAAUAAUAAUAAUAAUAAUAAUAAUAAUGAUGAUGAUGAUGAUAGAGGAAUCCGCUGAUGCUGACGUCAAUACCUUUGUAAAUAACAAUGUACCCCCUUUAGAACUCAAAAAAUAUAAUAAAAAAUAAUUUAAUAUUGA